AUGUCGAACUUCACACGGCCUCUUCCCUCACAUCUCCGCAACCAGUCCAUGGGCGGGUCUCAGCAACAAUCCCCUGUGUUGCUUGCGCGCAUUGCAGAAAAGAAAGCCGAAUUAGCCAACUUGAAGGACCUGCAAGCGCUAAGCGGAGGGCUUGCAGACCAGAUGCAGAUGCUCGCUGACAAGCUAUCGACAUUGUCAGAUGGAACAGAAGCAAAACUUCCGAAACCGAAAGACGAGGAUGAGACGGAAAAGAAGGCAGAAGAUGGGCCACCACUGCCCCAGACGCUUGUCCGCAUUCCUACACAACACGCUCCUGCGGUGAUAGAACAGGCGAAUGCAGCUACUGCAGAGGACUGA